AUGUUUCGACGUGUUAAUUUUUAUUCAAUAUGUUUCGCAUUCGGUCUCAGUGUUCUUCUGAUUCUUGCUGGAAGUCGAUAUACAGAUAACACAAAUUACCGUCCGAUGUCCGAGAGUCGAAGGAAUAUAAAGAAUUUUUUUAAAGUUGAUGAUGGAGAGGAUACCGAAUCACAGCCGGUACCUACGAAUUCUUACGAUGGAACACCGAAUAUAGAAAAAAUAUUAGAAAAAACACGAGCUAAAAUUCAAUUUGAAUUGUGGAACUAUAACUUUACUUAUUCUGGAGUUAAAAAAUUAGAUGACUUAAUUAUAGAAACCGGUGGUCGUCCAUUGAGAAGUAUCAUAAUAUCUUCUUGGAGAUCUGGUUCUACAUUCCUGGGUGAGGUGAUUAAUGCUAUUCCUGGUACAUAUUACCAUUAUGAACCUUUUCUGAAUUAUGGCAUUAUACAAAUCAGAGGAUCUCCGCUAGCAGAAACCGUUUUGAAUUCAAUAAAAGACAUGCUCAAGUGUAACUUUGAAGAGAUGGAUGAUUUUUUAGAUUACGGACGAGGACAUAACCAUCAGUUCAGUCAUAACACCAGAUUAUGGGACCAUUGUAAAUAUAAGAAGGAACUUUGUUUUGAUUCUGAUUUUAUGUCAAAAUUUUGCAAAUUAUUUCCAUUUCAAAGUAUGAAAGUUGUUCGCCUUAGAUUGCGUCUUGUUCAGGAAUUGUUGGAAGAUAAAGAGCUUAAUGCAAAAGUUGUGUUUUUAAUCCGAGAUCCUCGUGGUGUCCUACAGUCAAGAUUGCAUCGUGACUUCUGUCACCCUUCACCAGAUUGUUCGAAUCCUGAGCUCCUCUGUGCAGACAUGAUAAGUGAUUAUGUGGCUGCGAGCCGAUUGCUCAAGCUUUACCCUGAUAAACUUAUGGUGCUACGCUAUGAAGACUUGGCCCUGAAUCUAAAUAGUACCACGCACAAAUUAUUAAAGUUCCUAAGACUGAGUCACAUGCAAGCUGUUGAUGAGUAUCUAAACUCUCACACCAACACAGAAGUGAGCGGAGUAAGCUCCACUUUUAGAGUAUCCCGUGAAGUGCCUUUUCGGUGGAAGAAUAUAUUGGAUUUUGAAUAUGCUGAUCAAAUACAGAUGGCGUGUAAAGAAGCCAUGAAUUUAUGGGGUUAUCGUAUGGCUCACAACGCCACCCAUAUGACAAGCAAAGAAUUUGAUCCUUUAGAAACAUAUACGAUAACUCAGUGAUGGAAUCUACGUAUUUCGAGUGGCGAUGCUUUCUUGUCUACAUUAAUUGUUGCUGGAUACACUAUAAGUAAAAUGGCGUUACAUAUCAUUCAACAAUCCACAAGCGACUAUCUACUGAAUGAAUCCAAUAAAGGUACACGGAACACACAUAAUCAUUUACAAAACGAGCAUUUUAUCGUAUUACAUUUUAUUUUAUUUAAGAAUAUUUUUAAAGCAUUUUAAUUCGAUCAAAUAACUCGCAUUAAAUGCAUCGAAUAUUUUUGAUAAGAUCAUGUACUUGUUUAGUUGAUGUAAGUUUUAAAAUUAUUGUGUUUAAAUCGAAAUAUUUUCCAUUCGAAUUCUUCCACGACUUCUCUCUGUACCGUAACGCAGAAAAAAGAAAAUAAGGAAAAGUUAUGAAAAACGAAAUCAAGAUCUUUCUGGAACCGAGUGAGUUUGCGCCCAACACACUGUGGGUGCGUUGUAAUAUCGUUAUUGUAAUGAUGGACCAUUUGCGAGAUUCGAAUUGUUUGUUUUAAAAAAAAUAUAUAUAUAUAUACAUAUAUAUGAAUUCUUCAAGCAACUCGAAACUCGAUCAUCUGAUGCGUUUAGCUUAGGCGUCUAGCACUCACGGAAUUGAAAAUGUUGAUGCUUCCUUCAUAGACACGACUAGGAUAGAAGUGCAUUAUUUUUAAAUAGUAAGAAUAUAAUAAUUUAAGUGAACGUAUAUAAUAUAUUAAUUAUUAAAAAGCGUGCUGAUUGAAAUUUGCAGUUGAAAAUCUAGGGAUCGCUCAAUAUGUUGGUCUCGAUAGAGGCUUUAGAUAAAUGUAGAUAAAAAUCAAAAACACCAAUAUACAGUGAGAUAUACAAUAUUACUUUGGAACAUAAACAAACAGUGAUUUUAAACUUUAAAAAUAAACUUAUACAGUCGUAAUUCCAAUGAACUUGAAUUGCAAUACCUACUCACUACAUUGGAUUAUGUGUCGUAACACAACGUAAUGAGUAAGUAUUCUAAUUGGAUAAUAUAAUUGGAUUGGAAAGAUAAAUGUAGAUAAAAAUCAAAAACACCAAUAUAAAGUGAGAUAAACAAUAUUACUUUGGAAUAACAAUAAACGAACAGUGAUUUUAAACUUUAAAAAUUAACGUAUACGGUCGUAAUUCCAGUGAACGUGAAUUGCAAUAACUGGUCGCUACAUUGGAUUUUGUGUCAUAACGCAAUGUAAUAAGUAAGUCUUUUAAUUGGAAUUUACUUAGGAUGUGUACACGAUCUCCGUCCAAGUACUUCAGUAACAAUAAUACCGACGAGUACACGAAAAGUACACUACAUAAAAUAACGUUCUUUUUUCUUACUUAAUCUAGUGACCUGGAGGGGUCAUACUAGAUUAACCGAACGAAGAAUAACGAAAGGAAUUGCGUAUAUUUACUAGUCCUAUUGGUGAUUUUUAAAUAAUGUUUAAAUGCUUCGCGCAUCCAACGAUGGGUGAACUCUUUUGUGAAAUUCAUUACGUUAUUAGCCCACUGAGUUUCUCGCCGGAUCUUCUCAGUGAGUCGCGUUUCCGAUCCGGUGGUAGAUUCUGCGAAGCACUGCUCUUGCUAGGGUCAG